CAAAGCACACCACCAGAAAGAAAGGAAGGAAGGAAGAAAGAAAGAAGAAGAAGAAGAAGAAGAAGAAGUUCCGAAUUUUUUUAGGGUUUUUCCAGUUCCACAGUCAGUGGCUCCGCGAAUUCCCCCUAGGAAUGCAGCCCGAGCAGCGGGAUACGGCGAUGCAGCGAUCGGUGGCCCAGCUGUCCUCCCUCUCCUCCGCCAUCGACGCCUUCCGCCGCCGCAUCCUCGACCUCGACGACCACCUCCAUGCCCUCCACCUCGCCCUCGACGUCCGCACCCUCCUCCUCCAAUCCGAUUCCCAACCCCCGCGCCAUCGAUCGAUAUCCCCGCCUCCGCUUUCGCAGGAGGGUGCGAAGUCGGCGCCCGAAUUGCCGGAGAGCGCCCCCGCCCCUCAGUCCGAGCUCGAGCAGCUCUGCCACACCAUGUGCAGCCGCGGCCUCCGCCGCUACCUCGUCGCCCACCUCUCCGACGUCGACGCCCUCCGCCGGCGGGUCCCUCCCGCCCUCAAGAACUGCGCUCCCGACGUCCCCAAGCUCGUCUACGAAUGCGUCGGGGGUUUCUAUCUCCAGGGUAGCAAGGCCUUCACCCACGACUCCCCCAUGAUCUCCGCCCGCCACGCCGCCAUCCUCGUCCUCGAGUUCUUCCUCCUCUCGGGCUCUCUGGGCGUGCGGGAGGAUCCCGCUGCUCUCUCGGUCAAGCUGGAGGCCGAGUCCUCCGCGAUCGCGUGGAGGAAGAGGCUGAUCGUCGAGGGCGGGGUCUCCAGAGCAGGCGAGAGCGAUGCUCGCGGUUUGCUUCUUUUCAUCGCUUCCUUCGGCAUUCCUGGCGUUUUUAAGACUGAAGAUAUUGCGCACUUGCUCCGGCUCAGCAAUUGGAAGGAAAUCGGCAACGCACUUCCGCGUUCCCCGUUCCUACGCCCUCGAAUUCCUGAUGUCUUAGAGGAAAUGAUGAAGAUUGGAAUGAGCAUUGAAGCUGUUGAUGUCUCUAUCGGUUUCGGUCUAGAGGAUAAUUUCCCCCCUCGGACAAUUCUGAGAUCAUUUCUAAGUGAAGCUAAAGAAAGAUGUGACAAUAGUAAAAAAGCACAUAGUUCACCUAUGGCUGUGAAGGCAGCGACCCAAAAGCAAUUGACUGCUCUAAAGUCUAGUUUGAAAUGUUUGGAAGAUCAUAAUUGGGAUCCUGCAAAAGUACUUCCUGGAUGGAAAUUAAAGGAAACGAUAGUGAAGCUGGAGAAAGAUGUUGCUGACAUUGAUAAGAAGAUGAAGGAGAAGGUGGUUUCAAAGAGAAGGAUUGAUGUUGUGGAACCCUCGAGAACAUUUAAGAGUCAUGAGGCUAAACGCCCGAAGUUCUCGCCUGAAGUGGCACCCCGCUUUUCUCACCCAUUCUUGGGUUUCCAAGAGCAAAAGGACAAUAGUCGUAUAUUUGGUAGGAGUUUGUAUGAUGAUGGUUCACGGCCAAUAUUUUUGUUUGACGGUGGACUCUCCCGGCAUGGUAGCAGUUAUCCCGCUGCAUCAUUGGUAUCUCAUGGAUCUGGUGGGGGGUCUUUGCCAGAAACUUCCUUGAAAUCCCCAAUGCAGAGUGCAAAUGCCUUGCAUUCUGCUGGAGUUGGAGGUAGAGUCUCUGCUGGAAUCAGCAUGAUGGCUGCAGGUGAAUCUUCUGCUUUCCCUGGAGAUAGAUUGGCCGACAGGAUUGGACUUGUAGGAAGUAGUAACAAUGCUUCAAUUGGACAAUAUGUGAUCAGGGAUGCCGCAUAUCGAGACCAGCUAGAGCAAAGAAAUCUCGGGAGGUAUACAUCUCUGGGAACUGGUCACUAUGGCCCCUCAUUGGAAGGUUUCAAAGGCCUGCCAAAAUUUUCAUCCAGUAAUGCCACUGAUCACGGUUCAAACUUUGAUUUAUAUGGUUUUGCUGAUACCAUAAUGGAGCGGAGUCGUACAUAAGCAGCAUUUCUCAUUAUUCACCAGGGAGGCAGGUCCUGUCUUUCCUGUCCCGACUGCUCACAAGGUUCAUCUUUGUGCUGAGCGAAUCCAGAUUGCUUAAUUAUAGGUCUUUCUCUUUCAUGUUCAGGUAUUAAUUUGCAUAUGACGCAAUGGGCAGUGGCUUUGAUACCGAUCAUAAUCUUGUCCAAGACUUUGAAAUUGCUUUAUUAGGAAAACCACUGCCAUCUGUUAGUGGGCAUACUCGUGAUAUUGGACAGUAAGUCAUUAAUGAUGAUUACUUGGUGCCAAAGCCAAACUCUCCAGGCAGAUAGAUGGGGAAAGGAAACUCAAUCAAAGGGACUUUUAAGCUACAGUAGGUGGUAGGAUCGUCGAGAAAGUUGUUUUGGAACUGGAGCUGAACUCUUGUAGCAAAGAGUGGUAAAGGAUCAGGUUUCCCAAUAACAUAUAUUGUUUUGCAAUAGGAGUCAUUUCUUGAGGAAAUCGAGACUCCGAAGAUGCACACAUUUUGGCUCAAUUGUCAUUUGUUAGUAGGGUAGCAACCCUGAUUUGGCUCAUGCAGCUCCCGCUGGCAUAUUACAUUUUCGGGUGGGUCUCUCACAUGUAUGCAUAAGUGUGUGCAGUUGCUGCUUCAGUUUUAGUUUCUAUGGUGUUACUUAUGAAAUUUAUCACCAUGGGCUCUCCCUUUCUCUUGUUACCUGACUGCGAUGUUGGCUUGCAAAUUUGUAUAUAAUGAUUUCAACUUUGUGGAAGGCUGACAAAGUGAGGAGUCUUAUAUGAUGGCGAAAAUUCUUAUGACUUAGUAAUGACAAUCCUUUUGCUCGGGACUCAA